AUGAUGCCUCCUUCUCUUGAUCGUCUUUCUCAUUUUCCUUGUUUUCACGCUCUUCACUCACAAUCAAGUAUGUUUUCUUCCCUUUUGAGGAUUCCUAUUCCUGAUUUUGUUUCGGAUCUGAUUGCUGAUAAUUUGACUAUAAAUGAAAAUUUCAGGGCUCUAUGCACAGGGGAGAAAGGUAAAACUACAAGUGGGAAAGCACUCCAUUAUAAAGGAACACCAUUCCACCGUAUCGUAUCUAGUUUCGUGAUUCAAGGUGGUGAUAUUUUAUAUGGUGAUGGAAAAGGAUAUGGAUCAAUUUAUGGUGGUACAUUUGCUUAUGAGAACUUCAGAAUAAAACAUUCACAUGCAGGACCUGAUUCAAAUGGCUCACAAUUUUUCAUUACCACCAUCAAGUCCAGCUGGUUAGAUGGAGAGCACAUCGUCUUUGGCAAGGUUAUCCAAGGAAUGGACUACGUAUAUGCAAUUGAAGGCGGAGCAGGAACCUAUAGUGGGAAACCUAGAAAGAAGGUUACCAUUGCUAACAGUAGGGAGAUACCCAAGAGCAAGUGA